GCCCGAAUGAGCGAGCGACAGGGGCGGCCUGAGGAGGGGCCCUAAUGGCGCCGGCCGGCGGCUCCUUGCUCUGAGCCGCGGCCCGGCCGGCCGGCAACGCCUCCCCCGACGCCCUCGCCCCGCACACAAUGGACGAGCUCGGCGGCGGGGCCGGGAUGGCGGCGGUUUCUCGGCAGCAGCAGCAGCAGCAGCAGCAGCAGCAGGGGCCCGGGGGGACGGGGAGCGUCCCUGCGGGCGGCGUCCCGGCGUCCGAGGGAGCGGGCCCCGCGGGGGCGGCCGAGCCGCCGCGGCCGCAGCAGUACACCAUCCCGGGGAUCCUGCACUACAUCCAGCACGAGUGGGCCCGGUUCGAGAUGGAGCGGGCCCACUGGGAGGUGGAGCGGGCCGAGUUGCAGGCUCGAAUAGCAUUUUUGCAGGGGGAAAGGAAAGGUCAAGAAAAUUUGAAGAAAGACUUAGUAAGAAGAAUAAAAAUGUUAGAAUAUGCAUUAAAACAAGAAAGGGCAAAAUACCACAAAUUAAAAUAUGGCACAGAACUAAACCAGGGUGACUUGAAAAUGCCAACAUUUGAAUCAGAAGAAACCAAAGACACAGAGGUUCCUACAGUGCCUCAAAACAGUCAGCUGACCUGGAAACAAGGCAGGCAGUUGUUAAGACAAUAUCUUCAGGAAGUAGGUUAUACAGACACAAUAUUGGAUGUACGGUCCCAGAGGGUAAGGUCAUUACUUGGACUAUCCAGUACAGAACCAAAUGGCUCAGUAGAGACGAAAAACCUAGAACAGAUUCUCAAUGGAGGAGACUCUCCAGCGAAACAAAAAGGACAGGAAGUCAAAAGGAACUCUGGUGAUGUUCUUGAGACAUUUAAUUUCUUAGAAAAUGCAGAUGACAGUGAUGAAGAUGAGGAAAAUGACAUGAUUGAAGAUAUUGCAGAAGGAAAAGAAAAGCAUCGGAUGAAUAAGAAACACAAAAUCGGUAAUGAAGGCUUAGCUGCUGACCUCACUGACGACCCUGAUACUGAAGAAGCCCUGAAAGAAUUUGAUUUUUUAGUGACUGCCGAAGAUGGAGAAGGAGCUGGGGAAGCUCGGAGUUCAGGGGAUGGCACAGAAUGGGACAAAGAUGACCUGUCCCCAACUGCAGAGGUUUGGGAUGUAGACCAGGGGCUAAUAAGUAAACUGAAGGAACAGUACAAGAAGGAACGAAAGGGGAAGAAAGGGGUAAAGAGGGUCAACAGGACAAAACUUCACGACAUGAUAGCUGAUCUGGGAGAUGAUGAGCUACCCCACAUCCCUUCGGGAAUCAUUAAUCAGACUAGGUCACCCUCUUCUAGAAUGACUGAUCAUGAAGGUGCAAGAGCUGAGGAAGCUGAACCAAUUACGUUUCCAUCUGGAGGAGGCAAGUCAUUUAUUAUGGGUUCUGAUGAUGUUUUGUUAAGUGUACUUGGCCUUGGAGACCUUGCAGACUUGACGGUAACAAAUGAUGCAGACUAUAGUUACGAUUUACCUGCCAACAAAGAUGCCUUUCGGAAGACAUGGAAUCCUAAGUAUACGUUACGCAGCCAUUUUGAUGGAGUGCGGGCAUUAGCUUUUCAUCCUGUAGAGCCUGUGCUGGUUACAGCCUCUGAGGAUCACACUCUGAAACUGUGGAACUUGCAGAAAACAGUUCCUGCCAAAAAGAGUGCCUCUUUAGACGUGGAGCCUAUCUACACAUUUAGAGCCCAUGUAGGUCCCGUAUUGUCAUUGGCCAUUAGUUCUAAUGGUGAGCAGUGUUUUAGUGGCGGAAUUGAUGCAACCAUUCAGUGGUGGAAUAUGCCCAGUCCUAAUGUGGAUCCAUAUGACACGUAUGAGCCAAACGUUCUAGCUGGCACAUUAGUUGCUCACACAGAUGCAGUCUGGGGUCUUGCUUAUAGUGGCAUAAAGAAUCACUUACUAUCCUGCUCAGCAGAUGGCACCAUUAGACUAUGGAAUCCCCCAGAAAAAUUGCCCUGCAUUUGCACUUACAAUGGAGACAAGGCACAUGGAGUACCCACGUCUGUUGACUUCAUAGGCUGUGAUCCUGCUCAUAUGGUGACCUCCUUCAACACUGGCAGCACAGUCAUCUACGAUUUAGAAACGUCACAGUCUGUGGUCAUGCUUUCGUCACACAUAGACUCUGGUUUACAAUCAAAUAAUCACAUUAACAGGGUAGUGAGUCAUCCUACGCUUCCUGUUACAAUUACAGCUCAUGAAGACAGACACAUCAAGUUUUUUGACAAUAAAACGGGUAAAACGAUCCAUUCUAUGGUGGCUCAUUUGGAUGCUGUCACAAGCCUCGCUGUCGAUCCCAACGGAAUCUAUCUGAUGUCUGGAAGCCACGACUGUUCCAUUAGACUGUGGAAUUUAGACAGCAAGACCUGUGUGCAAGAAAUAACGGCCCACAGGAAGAAAUUGGAUGAAUCCAUUUACGACGUCGCUUUCCAUCCGUCGAAAGCAUACAUCGCCAGUGCAGGAGCUGACGCCCUUGCCAAAGUGUUUGUCUGACACAAGAGAAACCUGCAUCCUCAGAG